AUGGAGUCUGAUGAGGCACCUCAGUUGACAGGAGUAGUGAUAAUCACACUUCCACCUCCAGAUAACCCUUCCAAAGGCAAAACUAUAACAGCUUUUACACUCACAGAUUCACCUCUAACACCUCCUCAACACCCCCACCAAGCCCCACAAUUGCAACACAACCAUCAACUUCCAAGUCGGUCAUCACCAACCAAUCAGCUUCAAUUUUCAUUAAGCAGAGGAAUGGGCCUAUUGGGUAGCCCAAGAACUGUUUUUGGACUUCUGGGUAUAUCUCUGAUUGCUUUAAUCUUGUGGGUAUCUGUAUCUCAGAAGACCCUUUUCGAGUUAAAAGAUGUCGACGAUGAUGACAAGCCCAAUUCUUUCAUUUUCCCUUUGUAUCCGAAAUUCGGUACUCGUGGGAUGUCAAAGAGGGAUGUUGAGCUUAAACUGGGGAGGUUUGUGGACUUCAAUCCAGAGAAUGUUGUGUCAAAUGAUGGAAUGAGACAUAAAAAGAAAAUCAAAUCUGUUUCUACUGCUUCUGCUAUUGAUUCUACUACCAUUUUACCUGUAAGGGGUAACAUUUAUCCAGAUGGAUUGUACUAUACUUAUAUGCUCAUUGGGAGUCCUCCGAGACCUUAUUUUCUUGACAUGGAUACUGGGAGUGACUUAACAUGGAUUCAGUGUGAUGCUCCAUGCACUAGCUGUGCCAAGGGACCACACCCUUUCUACAAGCCCAUGAAAGACAGCAUUGUACCUUCAAAGGACUCAUUGUGUAUCGAAGUUCAGAAAACCCAGAGAACUGGAAAUUGUGAAACGUGCCAUCAAUGUGAUUAUGAGAUAGAAUAUGCAGAUGAUAGCUCCUCCAUUGGGGUUCUUGCGAAAGAUGAGCUUCAUCUAGAGAUUGCAAAUGGAUCAGUGGCCAAGUUAAAAGCUAUUUUUGGGUGCGCAUAUGAUCAACAAGGCUUACUUUUAAGCUCUCUGGCAAAGACAGAUGGAAUCCUUGGACUUAGCAGGGCUAAAGUCAGCUUACCUUCUCAAUUGGCCAGCCAGGGAAUCAUCAAUAAUGUUAUAGGCCAUUGCCUUACCUCUGAAGCAGAUGGUGGUGGUUAUAUGUUCUUAGGUGAUGACUUUGUGCCAUACUGGAAAAUGGCAUGGGUCCCUAUGCUUAGCAGUCCUUUGAUGAACUUUUAUCAUGCAGAGGUUGUGAGAAUGAAUUAUGGAAGCAAGCAACUCAGUUUAGGUGGUCUUAAUAAUGGACUGGGACGGGUAGUUUUCGAUAGUGGCAGUUCUUAUACAUACUUCACAAAACAAGCAUAUUCUGAUUUAGUUGAUUCUUUCAAAGAUAUUUCUGGUGAAGACCUCAUCCAGGAUGCAUCAGACCCAACACUGCCCAUUUGUUGGCGAGCUAAAUCCCCAAUAAGGUAUGGUUGCACAAUUUGA